UUGAGUCUGACAUUCUAACAUGGGAUUGCAAAACUAUUCCGUUCGGGUACAGAUUGCUUCGGAAUCAAGUUCCUGUUAAAUCUAAUCUAAGACUUUACCUAAGUUGAAUGUUCAUGUAAUACAUAAAAUAUAAUGCUUGAUUAGUAACACAUACCUGGAUAAGAAACGUCAUUUUAUUCUAUUGAAGAAGGAACCUUGGCUUAACUUAUUAAAAUGGGGAGAGUCAUAUUGUGCUUUUUCAUACUUAUAUUCAAAAUAAAAAAGGAGAGGGAAAGGCUGGACCUGGAAAAUCCACAAAACUGGAUGACCCUUGAACCUAAAGCUUCAGGAGCACCUACCUCUUCCAAGUGUCCUAGCCAAAGCGUCCAGCUUCUAGCAGUUUCAAGUGUCCCAGCAGAAGCUGUCAUUGACGCACAGAUCAUCAGAUGGGAUCAUUCCAAGCGCCUCCUGCAAUGAGAAGCUCCACAUUGUUAGAAACUUCAUGUGGAUAUUUACUUCAAGAAUUGCAGAUGAUAUGGGAUGAAGUUGGAGAAGAUCAGUUAGAAAGAGAAAAGGUUCUACUCGAAUUAGAACAUGAGUGCCUGGAGGUCUACAGGAGAAAAGUUGACCGUGCAAAUAUAUCAAGAGCUCGCCUGCAUCAGGAAUUGGCAGAAUCUGAAGCUGAAUUUACUCACCUUCUUUUGUCCCUUGGUGAACGAUCUCUUCCCGGACGGCCUGAGAAAAUGUCAGGAACACUGAAGCAACAACUUGAUUCAAUUACUCCAGCAUUGCGGGAUAUGCGGUUGAGGAAAGAAGAGAGAGUGAACCAGUUCCAAGCUGUACAAGGCCAAAUUCAGAAAAUAUCUGCCGAAAUUGCUGGUCAGUCCGAGUAUGACGACUCAGUAACAAAUGUCACCGUGAACGAGAACGAUCUUUCUUUGAAGAAACUUGAGGAAUAUCAGAAUGAGCUACAACGACUCCACAAUGAGAAGAACAACAGACUCCAGCAAGUGGAAAAAUAUAUAGCGGCUGUUCACAAUUUGUCUGCAACCUUGGGAAUGGAAUCCUCCAUGAUUAUUACAAAGGUUCACCCAAGCUUGAAUGAGUUGUGUGGGAUUUCAAAAAACAUAAGUGAUGGUAUUUUGGCCAAACUCAACAGUACCGUGGAGUCUCUGCAAGAAGAAAAACAAAAGCGUCUUGAGAAGCUUCACCAACUUGGUAAAGCAUUGAAAAACUUGUGGAGCCUAAUGGAUACACCCUAUGGAGAUCGCUAUUUGUUUUCCCACAUUAUUGAUCUAUUAUCAGUCUCAUCAGCAGAAGUAUCUGAUCCUGGAAGCCUUACCCUGGAGAUAAUCCAACAGGUUGAAGCAGAAGUCAAGAGAUUGGAUCAUUUAAAGGCAAGCAAAAUGAAAGAGCUAUUUCUCAAGAAACAAAAUGAGCUUGAAGAGAUAUGCAAUAAAUCACACAUGGAGAUUCCUUCAAGAUUAGAGAUGGAAAAUAUACUAAACCUCAUAAACUCAGGGGAGAUUGACCAUGCCGAUCUCCUCAUGAGCAUGGAUGAACAGAUAUCAAGAGCAAAGGAAGAAGCCUCCAGCAGAAAAUCAAUAAUGGAGAAGGUGGAAAAAUGGAUACUAGCAAGUGAUGAGGAGCGCUGGCUGGAAGAAUAUAGCAUGGAUGAGAAAAGAUAUUCAGUCAGGAGAGGUGCUCAUAGGAACCUGAGACGUGCAGAAAGGGCCCGAGUAACAGUCAACAAAAUCCCAGCAUUGGUGGAUUCACUCAUAGCAAAAACUAAGAGUUGGGAAGAAGAAAGAAAGAAGGUUUUCUUGUAUGAUGAGGUACCUCUUUUGGCAAUGUUGGAAGAGUACAACCUGUUUAGGCAAGAAAGAGAAGAAGAAAAGCAAAGGCAACGGGAUAUGAAGAAGGUCCAGAGCCAGGCAGUCGUUGAGCAAGAAAACUUCAUUGCAUCCAGGCCAACCACCAGCAAUCGGCGCCUUUCAAACAAGAGUUUAAAUGGAGGUUUUGGCAAUUCAACCCCUUCAAACCGAAGGCUUUCUCUGAGUAUUCAACAGUUAGGGUCAAACAGCAUAAACUCAGCAACUCAAAGUAAAUCCUUGAUAAAAGAAGGAAAGAAGGUGCAAGGAAAAAGGAUAUUUCCUCUACCCAACUCCGCAUCUCAACUAAGAGAUGAAGCAGCUUCAGUGGUAUCAACAUUUUCCGGGCCCUUGUCGCCUUGAAAUUAUGAAAUCCAAUUCUGAUUCAAUUCACUGGAAAAAGCUAAUUGUAAGUUUGAAGAAGGAAAAAAAACAGAUACGUUUGCAGAAAAUAAAUUCAGUUUGUUAAGUCAGUUUGAGAGGAAAAAAAACUGUUUUAUCUGUUAUCCUUGUGUUUAUAAUGAAAACUACAAAAUGAAAACCACAAUACUCUGUUGAUUUCAUUGAUGUAAUCAAGAAUAUAUAUACAAAUGACAAAGAAUGAUUUACAAUACUUGAACAGAAAAAUAGAAAGUAACU